AUGGAGCUUGAAGUGAAGAAAGUGGGCACCAAUUCGCCUGACGAUGUGAACAUUGAUAUUGGGGCUCUUGAGUUGCAUUUCUCAGAAGAGGAAGAGAAGCGAGUCGUUAGGAAGAUUGACUGCUUUAUCCUACCAAUGAUGUGUCUUGUGUUUUUCUUCCAGUACCUUGACAAGCAGAGUCUCAGUUAUGCUUCGGUAUUCGGGCUCAUUGACGACCUUUCUUUGAAAGGGUCAGAAUAUUCUUGGUGCUCGUCACUGUUCUAUCUCGGUCAGCUGGCCGCCGAGUACCCCUUCAUUUACUUGAUGAGUCGACUUCCCUUGACGACUUUUGUCGGUGGCACGAUCAUUCUCUGGGGUGCGGUCUGCAUGUGCCUUGCAGUGCCAACAAAUUUCGCGGGUUUCGGCGCCGUAAGAUUUCUCCUUGGAGCUACAGAAGGGGCUGUAUCCCCGGCCUUUGUGACUCUCACUAGCAUGUGGUACAGGAAGAACGAGCAUGCAACAAGAGUUGGUAUAUGGAUCACGAUGAACGGGCUGGCCCAGGUCCUUGGCAGUUUGCUCAUGUACGGCAUUGGAAAGCAGCACUACCCCCGGCUGGAAUCCUGGAGAAUACUUUUCCUCGUCUGUGGAGCACUUACGGCGACUUUCGGGGUCGCGUUCUAUUUCCUUGUGCCAACUGGUCCCCAGAGAGCAUGGUUUCUCUCAGAGAGAGAGCGAGAAGUCUUACUGGCUAGAAUGGCGCUCGACAGAGAAGGCGGGGACAAAACCAAUUUCUCCAAGUCACAGCUGAAGGAGACUUUGCUGGAUGUCCGAGCGUGGUUUAUUUUUGCUUUUGGAAUCCUUGCCACCAUGCAAUCUCCGGUCCUAACAUUUGCUUCUUUGAUUAUCAAAAACCUCAACUAUGACAAAUUCGAGACUAUGCUGUAUACUUCGCCAUCCGGAGCCGUUCAGAUUGUCGCGAUCUGGAUCGCAGUGCUUGGCUGUCAACUUCUGCCCAACAAUCGAUGCCUGGUGGUCAUCGUUCUCACAGUUCCUCCAUUGAUUGGUAACAUCCUUCUCUUGCAGCUUCCACUUACAGCAGGAUGGGGAUUGAUUGUGUCUUCCUGGCUGGCGUCGUGUAUAUCUGAUGUGAUGGUAGUACUCCUCAGUCUCAGCGCAUCGAAUGUGAAAGGAAACACAAAGCGAGCAAUUGUCAACACAUUCUACUUCAUUGGCUACUCAGUUGGUUGCAUUGCAGGACCCCAGCUGUGGCAGACAAAAUCGGCUCCCAGGUUCUUCGAAGGUGUCGUUACUGCGAUUGUGACAUGGUGCUUGCUGGUCUUAGCUAUGUGCCUCUAUUGGUACCUGUGCCGAGCUGAAAAUACCAGGCGAGAUCAAGAGCAGCAGACUUCGACCGACAUCUUAUUACAUACUGAAGACGUGACCGACAUUGAGGACCGUCUUUUCCGCUACAGCUACUAA